UUUCCCCCAUCCUCCAAUGACGCGCCAGUGGCGUUGCCGCCGCCGUCCUCCCUCAAUCCGCCCGGUUCGCUUGGCUGCUGGCAGUGCACCGCGCCGACAGGCGAGAGGAUCUCCGCAAAAGGGCACCGACAGCCGCACACGUCCGGCGUGGUUCCGCACCUGCGCUCAGCACACCCACUGUGGAUUUAGUGCGAGGGACAGAAGUUGAGAACGACACGACGCCGCGACAGCCGCCACAAGGUCAGAAGUUUGUGAAAGGAGAGGUGUCAGUGUUUGAAGAUGAUGUCCAUGCAAACAGUGAAUGAGGCGAACAGCAUGGUGAAAGUGGCCGAGUGGCAGCAGACCUACUAUGCAUCAGACUCUGGCAUCCAAUCCGGCGCCACCACGGUGCGGGAUGAUGACUGCAGUACUGGAUACAGUGGCAGUAAGAAGUACACAAGCACUACAACUAAUACUACCACGGCAACAGCCACCAGUGAAGGAGGAGCAACCGGUGGACAAGAAGAUUUAGACGCUCAGUACUCACUAACCCGGGCUCAGCGUGUCAGGGCUGCCAUGUUCCCAGAGACGCUGGUGGAGGGGGAGGUAGCCAUUCCGGCCCAAUCAGAUCCCGUUCAACAGAGCAACGUGCAAAGACUGGCGGAGCCCUCCCAGUUACUAAAGACAGCCAUAGUCCACCUGAUCAACUACCAGGAUGAUGCAGAGCUGGCAACGCGGGCCGUGCCAGAGCUCACUAAGCUGCUUGCAGACGAUGAUCCGGUUGUGGUGAACAAGGCCGCCAUGAUAGUCAACCAGCUCACCCGCAAGGAGGCCAGUCGCCGGGUGCUGGUGCAGUCCCCCACCAUGAUAGGAGCGGUGGUCCGGGCCAUGACAACGGCGGUUGACUUGGAGACGGCUCGCUGCACGGCGAGCAUCCUCCACAGCCUGUCACACCAGAGUGAGGGACUGCAGGUCAUAUUCAAGUCCGGAGGGAUACCAGCACUGGUUCGCAUGCUAAGUUCACCCGUGGAGUCCAUUUUAUUUUACGCCAUAACCACCCUUCACAAUCUCUUGUUGCACCAAGAGGGUGCCAAGAUGGCUGUGCGUCUUGCAGAUGGCUUGCAGAGGAUGGUGCCCUUACUGAAGAAGAGCAACCCUAAAUUCUUGGCCAUUACCACAGACUGUCUGCAGCUUUUGUCUUACGGCAACCAGGAGAGCAAGCUCAUCAUACUUGCCAAUGGUGGUCCAGAUGGUCUGGUGUUCAUCAUGAGGAACUACAAUUAUGAAAAGCUGUUGUGGACCACCAGUCGGGUGCUCAAAGUGUUAUCUGUGUGUCCCAGCAACAAGCCCACCAUCGUCGAAACUGGCGGUAUGCAGGCUUUGGGUCAGCAUCUCACUGGAUCAAGUCAGCGUCUGAUUCAGAACUGCCUAUGGACGCUCCGUAACUUGUCAGAUGCCGCAACCAAGCAGGAAGGCUUGGAUGGUCUGCUGCAGAUAUUAGUCACCCAGCUUGGCUCCGAUGAUGUCAAUAUGCUGACCUGCGCAACAGGCAUCCUGUCCAACCUCACCUGUAACAACUCCCGCAACAAGACUCUGGUCACUCAGUUUGGCGGUGUUGAGGCACUGAUCCAUGCUGUGCUGCGUGCUGGGGAGAAGGAGGAUGUUGCCGAGCCUGCGGUUUGCGCCCUGCGUCAUCUCACGUCCCGCCACCAAGACGCUGAGCUGGCCCAGAAUGCUGUGCGUCUGCACUAUGGUGUCCCUGCUGUUGUCAAGCUGCUGGGACAACCCCAUUAUUGGCCUGUCGUAAAGGCUACUGUUGGCCUCAUCCGAAACCUUGCACUGUGCCCAACCAAUCAAGCUCCCCUUAGGGAUGCGGGGACGAUCCCGCGAUUGGUCAACCUAUUAUUAAAAGCUCACCAGGACACACAAAGGCACGCCUCCUCAUCCCAACAGACAUAUCAGGAUGGUGUUCGCAUGGAGGAAAUUGUGGAGGGCUGCACAGGUGCACUUCACAUUCUGGCCAGAGAUCCUAUAAACCGAGGGGAGAUUGCCAGCAUGCAGACCAUACCACUGUUUGUGCAGUUGCUUUACUCGUACGUGGAGAAUGUCAAACGAGUUGCUGCCGGAGUUCUGUGUGAGUUGGCGCUGGACAAACAUUCUGCAGAACUCAUUGAUGCCGAGGGAGCGUCGGCGCCACUCAUGGAGCUGCUGCACUCCAACAACGAGGGAAUCGCUACCUACGCUGCAGCAGUGCUGUUUCGAAUUUCAGAGGACAAGAGCUCAGAUUACAGGAAAAGAGUGUCGGUGGAGCUUACGCACUCGCUCUUCAAACACGACCCCACUGCCUGGGAAAUGGCCCAUUCAGUUGCCCUGGAGCCCGCAUACUUGGCUGAUGAGUUAAAUGGGGCCUACCCUCCCUAUGGCUAUGCUGAGCUUCCCCUGGACACUCUGCCAUUAGACCCUGACCUCCAUGAGACCUACAUGCCUGAGAUGAGCCACGACCCAAGGCAGGCCUACCCCGAACCACUCUAACAGGAACACAACAUGGUAUCCAAUCGAUGAUCAAUUGAACAAAUCACAAAAAGAAAGGACUGGAAGUAAUCAUGAAGGAAGAAAGCAACUGAAGGUCUUAAUGACUAGGAAAAUAAAGACUUUUCAACCUUUUCCAAGGCGAAAAAUAUCCCGUUUGGCAAUCAAGAACUUUCAGAAGACAGAUUUUUUGACAGAAGUGUAUUGUUGGUGUACAUAACACAACUCUUACUUUACUAUGUCGUCUUACAGUGGGGUGAAAGUGUACGUGGGGAAGUUUGGCAAUGUUACAUGGGUAACUUUUUAAAGAAUCGUCGGCAAGAUUAUAUUUCAUUAACAGUUCGGGCCAAUGCGACACAAUAAGAAGGUGCAUCUAGCGAAAAGAUUUUUAGCCUGGAUUUUCCAAAAGAAGUGGCAGAAGUAAGAGGUUCCUUGGAUUAACAGAGCUCUAAUUGUGUUUAACUAUUGUCUAGAAAAAUAUUUUUGUUUACUUAACAUCCAGCUAACAAAUUUAGGUUACUGACCUGUGGAUGUAAUGUUACAUGGACUAACAUUAUUGUUGGUCUCAUUUGCGACCAAACACUAUUCGUGUAUCCCUGCUGUCUUCUAGAUGUGUCCCCUGUGUAUUACCUGUGCACACGUCCCAGGGUGUCCAUAUGUGGUUCUUGCAUGGUAGUGUGAUGUGUCGACAUUGACAAAUUGUUCACUUUUGCAUUCUGACAAACACGCGGACAUGCGUUCGCAAUAUGUUGACCGAUUUAAAAAAAAAAAAAACGAACAAAAGACAUUCAAACAUUCUUCGGCCAUGAAGAAAAAAAGUCUACCGUAUUUCUCGAACCAUAUGGCGCACCGGAAUAAAAAAGGGGCGCUGCCGAUGAGCGGGUCUGUUGAUUAUGAGUUGCAUUAAAAGGGGUGAUAUUAUGAUUUUUUUUCAUAAUUUAAAACACUUCCUUGUGGUCUACAUAACAUGUAAUGGUGGUUCUUUGGUAAAAAUGUUGCAUAGAUUAUGUUAAGGACCAUCUUUUUGACCCUAUCAGGAUGUGCCGUUUUGUGGGCAGUCUUAAUUACGUGGCUCCAGUUCGACUGCGUCAUCUUUGUUGCAUCGGUAGUUUUUAGCGCCUCCAUAGCGAGUCUACUGACAGAUAUGUUAGAACUGUAAACUUCUCUGUAUUAGAAACGACAACAGCCACAACAAGAGGAUAGAGGAAAAAGAAAGAAGGAGCUUAUUGACUAAGGCGCGGACAUGCAUACGUUUUCAUGACUUAUGCAGAUCCCAAAUACACAUCAGCAGGUACCAGAAGGUAAGAAAAGUUGGUUUUGCAUAAUAUUGCGAAACAAAACGCAACUUAAUGUUAAAGUUAAAGUACCACUGAUAGUCACACACACACACACACACACACACACACACACACUAAGUGUGGUGAAGUUAUCCUCUGCAUUUGACCCAUCCCCUUGUUCCACCCCCUGGGAGGUGAGGGGAGCAGUGAGCAGCAGCGGUGGCCGCGCUCGGGAAUCAUUUCGGUGAUUUAACCCCCACCCGUGAUGCUGAGUGCCAAGCAGGGAGGCAAUGAGUCCCAUUUUUUAUAGUGUUUGGUAUGUCUUGGCCAGGGUUUGAACUAAUGACCUACUGAUCUCAGGGCGGACACUCUAAUCUUUGUUGCAUCGGUAGUUUUUAGCGCCUCCAUUGCGAGUCUAAUGACAGAUAUAAGUUAGAACUGUAUUACAAAUAGCAACAGCUACAACAAGAGGAUAGAGAAAAAGAAGGGACUUUUUGACAAGGGUGCGGACGUGCACACUUUUUCAUGACUUAUGCAGAUCCCAAAUACACAUCAGCAGGUACAAAUAGGUAAGAAAAGUCGGUUCUGCAUAUUAUUGCGAAAGAAAACACCACUUAAUUUCACAUAAUAGGUGCCAUUUUGGAGUCCUUUUACGCACACCAUAAUAAUACCUGUACGUUUAAGCACAGUACGUCUGACUAUGGUAGCCGUAAUGCAUUGCAUUCCAUCAAGCGGACUGGCUUCGCAGUUUAACAAUGUCGUACUAAAACAUUGACAUAUUUUUGAGCGUUGUUUGUAAUGUUGUAUAUUCUCAAUGAAACAUUGUGGUCAUCAUCAGGUGUUGCUUGCCUACCAGUACUUGCUAGCGUUUACUUAACAGGCAUCACCCUGCAGUCCACACCUAUCUCUUACAUGUGACUGCCAUUUACUGGUCACACUUAUCAUUACACCAUGUACCAAAUAAAUUUGCUUGGAGGUCAGUAAGCACAACCAGAAUAAAUACGUAAAUUAGGUUAUAAGGCGCACUGUCGAUUUGAGAGAAAAAGAUGAUUUUAGAUGCGUUUUAUAGUCCGAAAAAUACGGUAGUCAGAUAUCCAGAAACAUAUUCAUUAAAUCCCCUGGGGAAUUAUUGACUACAAAGUCUGCCACACUUUUUUAAACAGCUUUCAUGAAUUUACAACAGUAGCAAGAUUGUACUUAACAACAUUUUGUAAAUAAAAUUAUGACUUUGUA